GUCACCUGGCAACGGCGGCAGCUUGUUGCGGAAGCCGGUGGAGCUGCUCGUUAGCAUUGAGGCUAACUAAUCGACGGUAGUGUGCUAGUUAGCGUCGUUAACCAGCUAGUUAAGGUGAAUUCGGCCCACGCAAAAUGACCGGUGUGUGAUUUCUCAGUGGUGAAAAUGUCAUGAUGGCUCUUUAUCAGUGUCAGAGGGAAUACCAGAGGAACUAGUGUUUCACACUUCAGAACGGCAUCUUCAGAGAGUCAGGUGUACACUUUGACCAGAUGGGUAUGAGCAGAGAACCGGGUGUGCAGAAGCAGACGAAGCUCUGUCCUGUUGGUCCUUCUCAGUCCUGCAUCUCUCUCCCUGGGCCCAUAAAUCCUCACAACCCUCACACUCGCAGAACAGCACCACCUGCUGGCUCCAGGAGCCACUCGGCACACAAGAAGGGUUCUUCCCAUGACCAAGAACCUUCAGCACAACCUGUAUCUCCCGCAGAACCUCAUAAGUCUGGAAAACCUGGACCUGCUGCAGACACCAGCCGUCUUGCAGGAAAAUGUGGAUUCAAGUCCCGCCCUUCCAAGCAUGACAGCCAACAGUGCAACAGUUCUUUGAGAGCAGCAGGUGAUGGGCAGCAGUCCACAGCCAAUGAGCCUGCUCUGCGGUGGAAGGCGGGGCUAAAGUCAGGUGGUCAAAGGUCAAGCCAUCGGUUAUCAGAGUACCACAGACAGUUCAGCUGGAAGAAACCGAUGGCUGCUUCACCUUUACUGACUGCAGAGCAGGUACUCUACCCCAGCCAGAGCGCUGUCCCCUCCUUUAAAAAGAACCCUGUUCCUGUGCAAACAGAGUAUCAAUGCAGCUACCAGGGUCUGAUCCCACCCACCAAGCCCCACCUUCAGAAACAUCUGGAUCAUCAGAGAGUGCCGCCGCUGCACACACACACGGUCAACAAGAAGAGGGCAGAGGGGUCACAGAAGGAGCAGGACGUCCCCACCCCUACAACACAGAAGGCCACACCUCCUCUACCGCCUCAGCGGGCUCACAGAAGACCCAGGAUGACAACAGAGUACAAGUCCAACUUUCACUGGCCUCUCUACAGGAUCCAGGAAGCAGGCGGAGCUGCACAGGGCGACACCUCUCAGGUCAGUGGAAUUAAUGCUCAGAGCAGGACUUGGUUAAAUGAGGUUCAGGAACUCAGACAAAAAGCCCUGUGGUACCGGCAGCGAGCCUGGGGGACUAAUUUCUCCAGAGACCACCUGAGCCAGCUGCUGUCCGAACACAACGCUCUGUGGGAGCCCACGGACACCACAGACUCUGCUACGGAGCCCCGGAACCAACACCUGACCUUUGACCUCUGUCAUAAUAAUUCUCCUGAUCCGGACAGCCGCAGCGCUUCCUGUGUGGAGGCUCUGGACCUGGCCAGCCGGUCCACAGACUCCAGCAGGAGGACGUCUAGUGCGGCCUCAGAGCCGCGAGCCGACGCACAAAUGUCCCAGAGUCCUCCACCAGGAGGCCGCUUGGCCUGGGGAGAAGAUGGCGACAGGAACAUCGUGGAGGGAAGGUUACCAACUCCCACGCUGAAGGCCAGACCAGUUCAGAGAACUCACCACGACCGCACCACGCCUGCAACUGGAGGUGCUAUACUGGUGGGAAAACUACAGAGCACUGAAGAACCUCCUCCAAGCCAGCAGCAGAAGUAUGAGACGGCCGUUUCCACAGCUGCAGAGAGACCAGUCACCAAAAAGGAGGCGUGGCCAGAGAGUGAUCCCACCCAUGUUAUUUCUCCCUCCCCCACAAACAAAGAAGAUGCUCACCAUCUACCUAAACCAAUCAUGCUGAGGCAAAAGCCUGCUUCCCCUGUAGCCCCGCCCCCCCUGCACUGUAUCCAAGGAACCUUGAGGCACCCGGAAUUCCAACACAACGGUGACUUGGGUUUGAGGUUCAGGGAGUUCCGCUGUUAUGGAGGCGCCUGUGGUUCUGACGAAGGUGACCGUCUGUCAGAGAUGUCAUGGCGUUCAGCAGCUUCCUGUUCCAUGGCGUCUGCUGUCCUGAAGCGUACACAGAAAAGACGGAAGGACUUCUGGGAAAGGAAAUGACCUCAGAUUAUGUUUUUGUAGACAUCAGACUUUUAAGUGCUAUAAAUGACUAUUUUUAUAAGUUGUUGCUGAUAGUGAGACAGCAUUAAGAAAUUUUUUUAAGAAGGUGGUGAAUCAGAUUUUAACUUUUUCCCUGUAGAAAAACUAAUGAAUGUGAAACAAGAACUCAUUUUGUCGUUGCAGCUGAAAAACAUUUAGAAACAGACAUUAAAAAUGAUCUUUGGCAUUUUGUGGUCAUU